AACUUACAACCCAUAACGCACACCUUGGACCACCUAUUCCUUGACUGCACCUUACACAUCUGCACAUCUACCCUUCCACCACAUUGACCGCCUAUACCCAUUGACGCGUGCUUUCUCUCGCAUCACCAUCACCACAACCCGUUGCACGCUUCUCUGUCGUCCCACCACCUGAACCACCGAUCUCUGGCGAAAGUGGCUUUACGCCCCUUCUGCAUCCGCUGCUGGACGCAGCCUAAUCCCCGAACCCUCUGGAUUCGGCACCAACACUGCGCCUGUCUCGACCCCAUCCCCGCCGACGCCGCAUCCCAUGACGACCAAACCUCAAUAGAGACCACCUCGUUGGCCAUGUCUCGUUCCGAUGAGACCCUGUCCGCUGCUACCGCUAUCCUUCGCGGACUGGCCAGAGGUUCGACAAACCUGUCCAACAACUCCUCCACCAAUGGCCUCAAACUCCCGCCUUACUCCCUCCCCGGUGACAGCUCUGAAGCCAAAGAUGAGUUUGAGUUGGAAAUAGCCGCCCUUGCCAGGCGAAUACACUAUCUCGAGUCCAGAGCAGACGUCGUCGGUCGUGCCUUGCCCGACACUCCAGGUGAAUUCCAAAGUCCCGCCUCGCCAACCCGUCUCAACGAGGCCCGCAGUCCAUUUGGAGACCCCCACGCUGAUUCACCCUCAGCUACGGCCAAACAAUCCUCAAUUCUGACUCAAUCAAAACGUGUCAACUCUCUUUUGGCCGUUAGAGAAACCCACAUCCCUGCCGACAGCACUCACUCCGUCAGUGAAGAUGACAUUGGCAUUUUGCGUGAGCAUGUCGAGAAACAGGCCGAACAGAUAAAGUCUCAAAGAGAGACGAUUGCCGAGAUCAGCCGCGGCCUGCGUGAUUCAGAAGAGCAGGCUAAACAAGCAUUCAUCCGCGUGGAGAAUGAAGAUGUUUCGAUUCUCGAACGCGAACUUCGGAAGCACCAGCAAGCAAACGAGGCCUUCCAAAAGGCUCUUCGUGAAAUUGGUGGCAUCAUUACACAGGUUGCCAAUGGCGACUUGUCAAAACGUGUCCAGAUACAAGCCACCGAGAUGGACCACGAGAUCGCUGCCUUCAAAGUCACAAUCAAUACAAUGAUGGAUCAGCUGGAGAUCUUUGGAAGCGAAGUCUCGCGUGUCGCUCGAGAAGUCGGUACCGAAGGUAUUUUGGGCGGCCAGGCCCAAAUCAGCGGAGUCCACGGUAUCUGGAAAGAAUUGACGGACAACGUCAACAUCAUGGCUGCAAAUUUGACCGACCAAGUGCGAGAAAUUGCGACCGUGACUAAGGCCGUCGCUUGUGGCGAUCUGAGCCAAAAGGUUCAAUCCCGUGCCAAGGGUGAAAUAUUUGAUCUUCAACACACCAUCAACACCAUGGUGGAUCAGCUACGCACGUUCGCAACUGAAGUCACCCGUGUUGCCACAGAUGUUGGAACAGAAGGUGUUCUAGGUGGCCAGGCUCAGAUUGACGGCGUUCAAGGCACCUGGAAUGAGCUGACCAAGAGUGUCAACGCUAUGGCCGACAACCUCACGACACAGGUUCGAGACAUAGCUAUGGUCACCACGGCUGUCGCUAAAGGUAACCUUACGCGGAAAGUCACAGCAAGCUGUAAAGGUGAAAUUCUCCAGCUCAAAAUCACCAUCAACAACAUGGUGGAUCAACUACAACAAUUUGCCCAAGAAGUUACUUAUUUGGCCAAGGAAGUCGGAACAAAUGGUAUCUUGGGAGGACAGGCAACUGUUCACGACGUCGAAGGCACGUGGAAGGCUCUGACUGAAAAUGUCAACGGCAUGGCGAUGAAUUUGACCACACAAGUACGAGAAAUUGCAGCCGUGACCACUGCCGUAGCCAACGGAGACUUGUCCAAAAAAGUGACGGCAGACGUUCAAGGAGAAAUCCUCGAUCUCAAAAUCACCAUCAACGGCAUGGUGGACAGGUUGAACACAUUUGCGUUCGAAGUCAGCAAAGUGGCGCGAGAAGUAGGAACCGAUGGAACGCUCGGCGGCCAGGCCAAGGUCGACAAUGUCCAGGGCAAAUGGCGCGAUUUGACGGACAACGUCAACACCAUGGCCUCGAAUCUGACUUCGCAGGUCAGGAGUAUCUCGGAUGUCACACAGGCGAUUGCGGCAGGCCACCUUGACAAAAAGAUUGAAGUCCAAGCACAGGGAGAAAUCCUCACAUUAAAAGUCACAAUCAACAACAUGGUUGAGCGACUGGCUAAAUUUGCGCACGAAUUGAGGAGAGUGGCGCGUGACGUGGGAGUGAACGGCAAAAUGGGUGGACAAGCGAAUGUUCAUGAUGUCAGUGGUCGUUGGAAGGAGAUCACAGAAGACGUCAACACCAUGGCAGAAAAUCUCACGGCUCAAGUGCGUGCAUUCGGCGAGAUUACGGACGCUGCCACGGAGGGUGACUUUUCGAAAUUGAUCAGCGUGGAGGCGUCAGGAGAGAUGGACGAGCUCAAACGCAAGAUCAACCAGAUGAUUUCGAACCUCCGAGACAGCAUCCAGAGGAACACUGCAGCUCGAGAAGCGGCCGAACUGGCCAACCAGACCAAGUCAGAGUUUCUGGCAAACAUGUCGCACGAGAUCCGGACGCCAAUGAACGGCAUCAUCGGAAUGACCCAACUGACGCUCGACACGGACGACCUCCGACCACACUCCCGUGAGAUGCUCAAUACUGUGCACAAUCUCGCCAACAGCUUGCUGACGAUCAUCGAUGACAUUCUCGACAUUUCAAAGAUUGAGGCCAACCGCAUGGCCAUCGAGGCCAUCCCAUAUACGAUUCGGGGUACGGUCUUCAAUGCGCUCAAGUCGCUGGCUGUCAAGGCAAACGAGAAAUCGCUGGAUCUCGCCUUUGAGGUGGACAACUCUGUACCCGAUUACGUGGUGGGAGAUCCGUUCCGACUUCGGCAGAUCAUCCUCAACUUGGUUGGCAACGCAAUCAAAUUCACCAAUACUGGCGAAGUUAAAGUGACGAUCAAGAAGUCACGGGAUCUGAUAGGAAACUGUGGGCCGGAUGAAUUCCCAUUCGAGUUUAUCGUUUCUGACACGGGCAUUGGGAUCCAGUCGGACAAACUGGACCUCAUUUUCGACACGUUCCAGCAGGCAGACGGCUCCACCACGAGGAAGUUUGGCGGGACCGGGCUGGGGUUGUCGAUAUCGAAACGCCUGGUCAAUCUGAUGGGGGGUCGUGUCUGGGUAACUUCAAACUUUGGUCAUGGCAGUGAAUUCCACUUUUCAUGCAUUGUCAAGUACGCCAGUGAAGACAUCAGUGUCAUCAGCUCCCAGCUGUACCCGUUCCGCAAGCACAAGGUGUUGUUGGUGGAUACAGGGGUAUCUCCGUUCUUCAAGCAGGUGCCAACAUUGAUUGAGGGCCUGAACCUUCAAUGCUUGGUGGUGAAUGAUGUUGCUGAUGUGCCGGAUCCGGUGAUGGACCGAAAGUCAAAGGCGGCAGACGGGGGUUACGAUGUGAUUAUUAUUGAUGAACUAUUGACGGGGCAAAAGCUCCGGGAGCACGACAAGUUUAAGUACAUCCCGAUGGUGUUGCUGAAUCCGACGGUUUCAAUCAGCCUCAAGACUGUAUUGGACCUGGGGAUCGCAUCAUACAUGACGACACCUUGCCAGUUGAUUGACCUGGGCAACUGCAUGAUCCCGGCUUUGGAGGGCCGGUCGACACCCAUCAUCAAGGACUACAAGAAAUCGUUCAACAUUUUGCUAGCCGAGGACAACGAAGUGAACCAGAAGGUGGCGAUUAAAAUCCUGGAGAAAUACAACCACGUGGUGACAGUUGUUGGCAAUGGACUGGAAGCGUUUAACGCGGUCAAGGCAAACCGGUUUGAUGUUGUGCUGAUGGAUGUGCAGAUGCCGGUCAUGGGAGGAUUUGAAGCGACGCGAGAGAUCAGACAGUACGAAGCAGAGAUGAGGCUUUCGCGGACACCCAUCAUUGCGCUGACGGCGCACGCGAUGUUGGGCGACCGAGAGAAAUGCAUUCAGGCGCAGAUGGACGAAUACUUGUCAAAGCCGCUGAAACAGAAUCUUCUGAUGCAAACGAUCCUCAGGGUGGCGUCGGACGGAGUAACGGCCAUGUUCCAUAAACACCAGCGCGGGAACUCGGCGGCAAGCAAUGGACCAGGACAUUCCAAGACCCAAGGGGUGGGAGGAGGUCGGGAAGGGGAUCCAUCAUCACCACUGCGGCCACAGUUUACAGAAAGAUCGGUGACGACAUCAGGGCCGGUGGUGCAUGGUAGUGCGGAAAGUCCAUCAGCAACCACAGAUGGACAGAAUGACCCGAUUGCCUCUGUCAGCAGCGUACGUUCCAUGUCCUGGGCUGGUUGAGGUGGACGAAAAGCUAAUGGGGAUUUGCAGCUGCUCUUGAGAUCUCACAGCCAGUGAUGGAACCGGCGACGCCUAGGAUUCUGCCCAAUGGUCAAGGGGACCAGUGUUGAAUUGGAACCACAGACCUGGCGCGCACGUUGGAUGUUUGGGAAUUAAUGUGUCAUUUUUAUGUAGCGAGGUGUCAUGCGGAUCUGGGGCACAGGCAUUCAUUGAUUUGUGUUUCUUUCACCUUGCCUUUUACAUCAGAGUUGAUGGGCUUUUGAUGGCAACGGUUCAUUAUGACGCGGCUGGCCUCUGAUGAUAUUGAAGCAUUGUACCACGGCUUUUGGUGUAGCUCGUCGCUCAGACGGCAAAGAAGCUCUUGGGGUUGGGAGAUGGCUAUAGAGACUGAGCAUUUUGGCCUACCAGAUCCUGGGGAGUCGGACCACAGCGACUGAUAUGUGCGGAGACGUGGGCUAGAGACUCUCGGCGGGGUGUAGGUACAUAGAUGUCAGUCAAUUGGAUAUCGGAAAUCAGAUCAUUGGGUAGCCUUUGGAUCAGUACAAUGGGAUAG